GACACAUUACCAUUCGGCAGAAGAUCGAAUCGUUAUCAUCAUUCUCGUCUACGAUGUCUGAAACGUCUGAACAUGUCAUUCAGCUAACGCUAAUGCUGAAAAAACGUGAAGAUCUUACGGAUGAGCAGUUUCAUCAUCAUUGGACUCAUGUUCAUGGACCUCUAGUCAGCGCUUGGCUGGCUCGCCAUGGCGUUAUUAAGUACUCCCACGCACGAUUACUCCACUGAUCACAUCUCCCAACUGCUUCCUUCCUUACCGCGUCUGGUUCAGUAUCAUCAACCACCACAGUAUCGUGCCACAAAACUUUGGGAAUACCUUGGCGCCGACUCGAUCGCUAAUUGGGAUGGCCAUGUGCAACUCUACGUACCCUCACUUGAUUGUAUCGGCAACGCUCUUAACGACCCUUUCUAUAAAGAGGUCGUUAUUCCUGACGAGGACAAAUUUAUCUCGGCCAAGUCAUGUAUGAGAACUGCAGGGUAUGAAGAAUGUUUCAUCAUGAACAAUCGAGUGGUGGAAACCCCCCCUCUCUUUGACUGGACGAGCCGGUCUAUAAAAAUGUAGAAUAUACACAAAUCCAUUCUUGGCCAAAAUCUCAAUCCAAUCAUGAAAGACACACCAUUCUCAAUAACGUCAUAUCUC